AGACCUUCACACCCUCACGCCGCCUCAUGGACCCAGCGUAAGAAAAAGUACUGCCUCAGAACUUUCAAGAUUAGAAUUGUGGAGAAACUUGCAGAAUAUCGCAAUUGGCUUCAAGAUGAAGACUGAAAGGAUUGUUAAGAGAGUGUGUUUGCUUCUAUUGUGUUUGAUGGUGGGGAGAGUGUGUCCCGGGCCGCCUAGCGAAGACUCAGCUGUGACUUUCGAACGUCUUUGGAAAGAAGGCAAAAGCGUUAAUGACCCUUCAACUUUCAUCAGAUUUCUUCCAACAUUUCUCGUUAACGACAGAGCGAGGAUAGGAAACGACAAUGACGAUGAUACUGGAGUGACAAACAAAGAAGUUGCAGUCAACAUUGGAGACCUCAAUGAGAAUACACAUGCCCUGAAGCAAAUGGUGAUUGAGAAAGCCUUAGGAAUCAAAGGACGUUCUUCUCAAGAAAGAGAUGUGGCCGCUGUCUGUAACGAGCUCGUUACCAACGAAGAGUUUUACCUUCACUCUCCAGGAUACCCGGAAAAUUAUCCUCCAAACAUGACCUGCAGAUACGAAAUUCUCCGCCGCCACCCGAAUGUGUGCGGUGUGGUGUUUACCGUACUGCGCCUCGACCUAGCCGGUCCUUUUGAGUUUCCGUCUAACCAAACUGAUCGUCUGGAUGAUGAGGACAGGCGUGGCGUGUGUCCCGGCGACAGCCUGGUUAUCGACAGCGUCGUGUACUGCGGGAGGUACCAGCGGGGCAAAACAGCCACUUUUACAUUCACCUCGCCGCUGAUGACAGUGGAAUUCAAAAGUGGAGCUGGUCACGGUGCUUCAGGGUUCCUGCUACAGGGGCGGCAGGUGACCACGUGCCGCCAGCCUCGCAGCCUGGGUCCACCAUUGGUGUCCUCCGUACCUUGCAACAGGAGGGUGGAGGGUGCCAGCUUCGUGGUGAAAUCACCGGGGUAUCCAGAGCAGUACUCGCACAACCUGGAAUGUCGCUACACGAUUGUGCGAUCUGGCCCUGAUGUAUGCGGCCUGCAGCUGGUCGUGCAGGGCUUCAUUGUGGAGGACGGCAGCUGCAUGUUUGACUAUCUAGAGGUGCAAGGCCAGCGACUGUGUGGCACUCUGCCUCCUGGCUUUACUCGUCAUUUUGACUUCGAGGAUGAUGAAGUUAUAAUCCGUUUUCGAUCUGAUGAGUCAACCAAGAGACCUGGCUUUGUGAUCAGAGGACAGCAGACACCAUGCAUGGAGCCUUCACCAGUUCAGUCCUCCCUCAGCCAGUCUCCCCCAGGCAGAAUAGAAAAUCAACCUCAGUCCACGUCUUCACAAACUACCACACAGUCACAGAGCAGCUCGUCACCAUCUCCCGGUAUCAAUACAGCCACUGCGAACCAGACAGAUGCCCAUAUUAAUUACAUUCUCUCUAUCUUGGACCGCCAUCCGCACCCAACAGGAAGAGAAGACGGGCUAGAAGGUCGAAACAUAUCUGACGAGGAUUUCACUGAGCUAGACUUGGGGCUGGUGACGUUUAGGGAACCUGAUGAAGAUCAUACAAAUGCCGACCAAAACAUACCUGGCUCUCCGGACUUCAAUCCCUUCACAGGAGAAGGUCUUACGCCGACGCUCCCAACCACCUCAACAGAUUUAUUCACCAUACCAACAGAUCUUCCAACCAUUCCAACUGAUCUCUCGACUCUACCGACAGAAUUUCCUACCUUCCCAACAGAUUUUUCGACCAUCCCCUCAGAUUUUCCAACAACUGUAAACUUUCCCUCGACAAGCAGUUUCCCAACAUUGACUAGUGACUGUGACCAACUGAUAACCGCCGUCACUACUGACAUCGAGAGCCCUAAUUAUCCAAACAAUUAUCCAGUGUCGAGUCAGUGCGCUUACGUGGUGGGCAGAGCGUCCGAGAGCGUGUGCAGGCUUGAGGUGAAUUUCCUGGACGUGGACCUUCCCUCCCAGGAUCCCAUCACCAGUGAGUGUACCGGAGACUAUGUGAGCGUGGACGGCACCAGGUUUUGUGGUACUUUCCAGAACCGCAUAGUAACAAUUAACUUCCCUGAUCAGACCGUCACGUUGUCAUUCUCCUCGGAUGCCUCAGUAACUGGCCGAGGAUUUAAGUUAAGGGUAACUCAGUUGAGCGAUGGCUGUGGCGGCCCCGUGCAGCCUCCUAUCCUUCCGGGGCAGUGUGACACCACGACCCAGCAGGCUGCCUUCUUUCUACUCAGUCCGGGUUACCCUGUGCGCUACCCGCCCUCCACGGAGUGCGUCACCACCGUCCUCCGAUCCUCCCAGGACGUCAACAGUUUGGUCCUGGAGUUGGUGGACUUCGAGCUGGGAACCACGCUGGGUUGCGCCGGAGACUACCUGGAGCUGGGGGGAGAGCGGCUGUGUGGACUGCUAACCGGCCAAACCAGAACUGUGCCUUUCGUGGGGAACUCUGUCACCAUAAAGUUUCAUUCAGAGGCUAAUCUUGGUGUUGGCGGACGAGGUUAUCGCAUCCGAGUAGGUCAGUCCAGCACCUCUGUCAUACCCAACGGAUGCGGCAGCUUGGUGACCACUCCUUCUGCCUCUCUCCAGUCACCCAGCUACCCUAAUUCUUACCCGCCAAACGCCGACUGUCGCUAUGUCAUCAACAAAGUCUCGAGUGAUAUAUGCCAGUUGCAGAUGAAGAUCCUGGACAUGGAUAUAGAAAAUGGUGUGGGAUGUGGGCGAGACUACCUUCAGGUGGGCGUACAGGAACGUUUAUGUGGGCGGAGAAUCCCUGGUGAAAUUCGCAAGUAUCACUUCACCAACAGGCAAAUGACUCUUCUCUUCCACUCCGAUGUGUUUGGGUCAGCGGGGUUCAGGAUUGAGAUACGUCAAGUCAGCUGUGGACAUUUUAAGCCUAUGUAUCCUUAUUACCCAACCCACCGACCUCACCAUCACCACCACCACGGUCACCACCACCAUCAUCACAACAACGGGCCCAAGAAGCCUAUCUACACUCAUCAUCAUCGUCCAUGGUGGAAGCCCAAUCCUCACUGGCGUCCCCGUUACCCCGGCCACCAACACAGCAGCUCCUAUACACAGCAAACCACACCUUGUCCUUACUUUCCUCCCGUCACGCCUCAAUGGCCUCACACAACUCCUCGCCCUAUAUUCCCUCCUCCAACUACUAUUCCCACCUUACCAACCACCAUUCCAUCCUCGACCAUCCCUACUAUACCCACCGUUACCCCUGUACGUUUUAUUCCCCAACCAAUCCCUGCAAUCGACGCUUCCUCUUCCUCGGCUGUUAAUAGACCGAAUGAAGAAAGCGAGAGAGAUGGCAAGAGAGAGGCAACUUUGAGCAAUGAUAGACUGUGUCAUCAGGCGGUGGACUCAGAUCGCUUCACUCUGCACAGUCCUGGCUAUCCAGCACCUUAUUACACUAAUGCUCGUUGCUUCUACUCCAUCGUCAGGGGAAGCGCCACUGUGUGUGGAGUGGAGCUGGUCGUUGAUGAGUUCGACAUAGAGAGAAGUCCGAACUGCGGAGUGGCGUAUCUGGAGGUGGCAGGACGUCGUUACUGUGGUUCUCUAGACCGUGGCGUUCAGAGUGUAAUCCCCUUCAAUUCAACGCAGCCCAUCAUCCUCGAGUUUGUAGCGGGUCGGUACAGCAGCGGCAAGGGUUUCAGUCUGAGAGGACGCCGGGUUUUAUGUUCUGAAGCGAAGGGUACAGACUCUCGGCCAGCUGAAGUGGUAGAACAGGGGCGGCGGCGUCCACAUAGCGGUGGAGAACGGUCCCACAAAAACACGAGGGUCACGUUACCGAGGACGGAGGAAACGGGAGAGGCAGAAUGGCUGGACCAUUUCAUGGAAGACGGAGACAUGGUGCUGCAUUGGGUCGGUCCAGGAGGUCCAGUAUUUAGCCCGCUGCUGGACAAGCAGGUUCCUUCCUGAUUAAUAUUCUCAGCAAAUAAACAAUAAAUGUGAGGAACAGUACGUGCAUGUGUACAUGAAGUGGAUGAGCGCAAUACUUUACAGGUUAUACAAGUUUCGCCAAAGGAAGGAGAAAAUGAGAUAAGCGUUUCGUGUUUCUUUUUUUAUUGUUAUUACUAGGUAGUUCCUCUUUUUAUAGAUUAUAGAAUUUUAACAAACCAGGCAUUCUAUUAAACAUCUUUGGAUGCACUCUUUGCUUCCAAAAUUAAAUCAUGCUUUGUUUCUAUAUUCCACACUUGCCGUUUGUCGUGAUGUGAGUACAACACGAAUUAAAUCAAAGCAUACUUUUUCGUCUUUGUUAUUUACUGAAAUAUAGUAGUGCUGUAACUUCAGUAUGUAUGAAUGUAGGUUACAUGUAUAGAUCAAUUCUGUAAGCCACACCCACCCUCGCCAAGGCCUCUUAGGAUGCGGCCUGUGAAUGGAAUUAAUGAUAUCACACACGCGCAUGCAGGACUCGAUGACGAGAGUAAUUAUUCUCUUCUUCAGUGACACUCAACGGUUUCCUUCUUUUACAUUAAACAUUAUUAGUUUGCCUUUUAUUCAAUGGAAAUCUAGAAUAGAAACUUUACACCUCGUCUGUCAUUGAAACAGCUUCUAUGAAGUUAAAUCGUCUCGCAAGUUUUUCUCGUACUCUGCCAGUUAUUAGCUCUGGACAGAGUGGGACCUUUAAUGGUGAAUAUGUAUAUUUCCUGUAAUGGAGAUCCCCACUCAUACUGCCCUUUUGAAAACGGCAAAAUCAAAAGUAUCUCGUCUUAUCAGCUCCUUACCUCCAAGACUACCUUCGUUCCCUCUUUCUCUGCUGCAAAGUUUUGUCUCUUUCGAGUGUCUUUGUUAUUUGAAUGCUAAUUUAUAUGUUUUAGUCAUGCUAACUUCCAUGCCUCUCCCCUUUCUACCGCCUCAUCGCACAUGACACUAUACUGUCUCUCAUGCAUUUAUUUCUAUUUGUUUAAAGCAAAAGUUAAUCAUUAAAGUUAAUUAUCAUAUUUCAUCUUUGCUGGUAAGCACUGGAACUCGAGCCCUGCCUUCUGUAUUUCCUCCUGCCACUGAUUUUCUUUUUUCAAGAUUAUUUCAAGAGGAAAGUUUCAGAUAACUUUGGAUUUGCAUUGUAGCUUUUCUUAAGUAAUUGCUGAUUGGCAUAUCUCUCUCUCUCUCUCUCUCUCUCUCUCUCUCUCUCUCUCUCUCUCUCUCUCUCUCUCUCUCUCUCUCUCUCUCUUCAGUUGUCCUUCUUAAAAAAUCUACAUGGUACAAAAUAAACCGGCACUGUAGAGCAAUAUUGCACUUCUUGCUUUUCUUGUGACUUUCCUGGCUGGCGCAACGACUGCUGCUUCAAUCCUUAAUUAUAAUUUUUCUCCAUAAUAGCUGUGUUGUGAACCAAACCACUUCUGUAUUCUGUGGCUGUGUGGCAUGAAUCUUUCGAACCCAGAGAUUAACAGUAGGGUAAAUGACCUGUAUUUAUGUGAUUAAUUAAAUUGUUUGAUAUGAUUGUAUUUGUCUACCUAGGUCAGCGCAGCGCAUUGAAUUCUUAUUUAUUAUCAUUUGUUUAUUUUUUUUAUUCCCUGGACAAGCUUCGAGCCUUGGUAAAGUCUACAUAGAAGAUUUCUACCGAGGAGGAGGAGGAGGAGCAGGAGGAGGAGGGAAAGUUGGCUGAUAAAUGAUGAUAUAGUAGCAGGUGGGAGUUAUUUUCUUGUAUCUCUAUAUAAAAAUAUGGUGAAAGGCAUGAAAGUGGUUUAGAGGUUAAUAUUUCUAGAAAAAAAAUGAAAGAAAGAAAAGACAAAUCAGGAAUGAAAUGUAAUGGAUUAAAAGGUUCAACAAUGUGAAACAAUAUAAAAAUUAUCAGUACAUAGCAAAAUGUAAUAUUAGUGAAUAAACUCCUUUAUUCCUUA